CUCGACUGUCUGGAAUUACGGUCACGAGAUGCAGCCUUCUCUUCUGCAAUCGAUGCAAUGUCCGGAAUCACUUGAUCGAGACCGUCGCAUACUGUAUCCGACUCAGUUAGCCGCCUGUGAUAUCCGCUUACUCAGCCUUCUACCAUCGGAGAAGGAUGAUGACCCCGUCCAAUGCGAACUCCGGCAAUAUGAAGCAGCAGUAGCGCCAGAGUACGAGGCCCUUUCGUACGUCUGGGGCAAAGCGUCCGAUCUGGUCAACAUUAAAUGCAACCAACUCGAUGUCUUGGUGACCAGGAACCUUCGCGACGCUCUGCUGGCAAUACGCGACCCUAGAGAACCCAGAACUGUAUGGGCUGAUGCGCUAUGCAUGAAUCAAGCUGAUGUCAAGGAAAAGAAUAUCCAUGUACCUCUUAUGGGUCGAGUCUACUCGCAAACUUCCAACACGGUUAUCUAUCUUGGAGGGGCAAGCCAUGAGGACGCCACCGCGGCUGAGACCGGAUUGAUGACGAUCUUCACUCUGCUGGAGGAUCACAGAGUGCGUGCCGGGUUCAGUGACGACGACGAUCAUCUCAUCAUAUUACUUUUACAGAUAUUGCCCGAUCAUUCUCCAAUCAGCGUAUCCUGGUCUGCGAUCAAGGACUUCUUCGAUCAGAGUUGGUUUGUGCGUAUAUGGUGUGUCCAAGAAGUGGUAUUAGCUCAGGCCACAAGGUUACAAUCGUACGCAAUAUAUGGACAUAAAAGGAUCCCGUAUCAUUACAUUCGCAGGGUUGCAUUGUUUCUGGCUAUAGCCGCAGACUGUCAGCCUGAACUUGUCCAGAAUAUCCCUUUCCGGAGAAGUCUUGCUUCGAUCAGCGCUCUCCCCCAUGUUCUUGCGCGAGAGGAUGCUCUGCUUUCACUCCUUAAUAAUUUUAGACCCUACUCAGCCACCGACUCGCGCGACAUGGUCUAUGGGCUUCUUGGAAUAUUGAGCAAACUCAGCAGCUUUGAUUCAGCAAGCAUCAGCGUGGACUACACGAAAACGGUGGCAGAGGUUUACACUGACAUUGCUGUUGAGAUCAUACGAGUAAGUCAGGAUCUAGAAAUCCUCAACCAUGUUUCACAUCCGGAGAUUUUGGGGCCUGAACUUGAUUUUCCGUCAUGGGUGCCAAGGUGGGAUCGCGCACGCACCGCUCUAGGGUUCUCUUCCUCCGAUGAAACUCGAUUCAAACUCAGCUUUCCAGCGUCACUGAGAGGAGAUGAGAAAGCACUGAGCUACUACCGGGUCGAAGGAGGCAAGCUGUUCGCUUAUGGUACAUGUUACAAUGAAGUCAAAAGUGUACUAUCGUUAGUGGGACCGGAAAUGGCGAUAUCUACCACACGGUUCUGGAAAGACGGACGAGGAACGCAAAUGCUCUGCUGCGAUAGCCAGCAACAGUCUCUCAUGAUUGCUCGAACGUUGACAGCAGGAUACCUUGGGUUCCCAUUCGGAUUUUCAGAAGGCACAGAGGAAAAGAGAAAUCAGUUCUUGGCUGAUUUCCUUGACUAUAUCCACAACAUCAUGUCAAAAUGCUCCACAAACUGUAGUAGUACAGUCAAAGGCGCACAGUUCUGCAUGACAUCCGAUCAUGCCACUUACAUCGGCUCACGAAGUCGCUACACAGAAGAGCUAGCCAAGAUGUGCAAAGGUCGUCUCCUCUUCCGCCUGGCGAACGGAAGUUGGGGCAUCGGUCCUGACUGUAUGCGUGAGGGAGAUAUCAUAGUUGCACUUUUCGGUGGGUUUGCCCCAUAUGCGCUUCGCCACGAACAGCAAGAGUGCCGAUUUCUCGGACCCGUCUACAUAGACGGGCUAAUGGACGGCCAGUACUUCCGGUCAGCAUAUAACAAGAGCAUGCAAGAGCAAGAUUUCAUUCUGGUUUGAAGCAAAGUAAACUAUGGUUCCAAGGCGUUUCUUUCAACAAUCCAGGUCCAACAGCCACCACCACAUUCUCUGACCUUGCGGCAUCGAUACCAAACUCAGCUAUGGGAGAAAAGUUCAGCUAUCUCCAUUUCCCCAGCCUGCGCGAGUUUGCGAAGAAACUGCACACGUGGCAGACCCGAGGACCGAUCGAAUUGACACAACAAAUCAUGUGCAAUCUCUACUCUUGGAACUCACGCGCCUCAAAAUGGGCUAAGAAAAGCAUUG